CUCACUCCGAUGGCCCUGGAUGCCGAAACAGUUCUGCAGAGGAAGAUUACGAGAGCCAAUGUUCAGGACAUCACGAUACCUCGGCCAGGUUGCCUCGCAUUUGUGCAAGACUAGCUAAUUGGGCCAAUCAUGACCGUCAUCUCGUUCAAGCACGCAACAUUGCAGUAGAGAACCAAGGCCUGCUGCUCAUCAUGAUCUCCAUGAUGUUCUUUGCAUCUAUGAAUCUAGCUGUAAAGCUUCUGAACUCGCUUGACACCCCUGUUCCGACACUCGAGUUGAUCCUUGUGCGCAUGGGGGGCACACUCGUCUGCAGCGUCGUAUACACUGUGUAUACGAGGGUACCCGAUCCUAUUCUAGGCCCAAGGUCUUUGCGAGUCCUAUUGACGGCUCGAGGAAUGUUUGGAUUAUUGUUCCUUUUCCCGAAUUAUUGGGCCCUCAAAUACCUGUCCCUAUCGGAUGACACAUCUUUAUCAUUUCUAAGCCCCCUGGUGACCGCCGUCUUUGCGAGGCUCUUCUUGAAAGAAGCCUAUUCGAAGAAGCAAGCAUGUGCCGCACUAUGCAGUCUAUUCGGCGUGAUAUUAGUUGCGCGGCCGCCCUUCUUGUUCGAUCGAUUGGGUGCCGGUAGGAUCCAUGCCUCCUCAAAUUUGAUAGACGGCGAUAUCCCCUCGGCUCAGCGCUUUAUCGCAGUUGGCGCAGCUUUACUCAGUGUGCUAGGCGGAUCCAUGGCGCAGAUAUCAAUGCGAGCAAUCGGCAAGCGUGCUCACCCCAUGCAUAUGAUGAACUACUUCUCGCUGUGGUGCGUUCUCACUGCAGGACCUGGCAUGGCUCUCUUUGAGAUUGAGCCCGUUUUUCCUCGCCAAUGGCAGUCAAUCUGCAUGCUGGUGAUGAUGAGCGUAUUCGGCUUUCUCGCACAGAUUCUUCUAACAAUGGGUCUGCAACGGGAGACUGCUGCUAGAGGCUCAAUGGGCGUAUACGUCCAGGUUAUUUUUGCAGCCGUCUUCGAGUUGAUCUUCUUCGGAACUGUGCCAAGUCCGUUGACUGUUGCAGGCGGCGUCAUCAUCAUUGCCUGUGCCGUGUGUGUUGUGCUAUCGAAGCAGCCUCAGAAAGAGGUCGCGACAGUUCGGGAACCAGUGGUAGAGGAGGGUUCAGUUCCUAGGCAGCAGUCCGACGAGUCGCAGAGACUGUUAGGGGUUUAAUGGCUGUACUACUAAACAGAUACAUUGGAAGUCCAUAUGGAUAUAUAAUCAUCGUUCGUAUGAAUGAUCGUGUGCACUUGACUCCCC